AUGACGACUGAACGCCCAAAGGCAGAGGCAGUUCCUUACCGCGGCGAGCCUCUACCUCACGUCCCCGAAGACCUCGUCAUCCCUGGUGUGCUGAAUCUGGACGACAUCGACGAAAAGCAAUGGGUUCCACAGCAAGAAAACGUGUGGUUCCGACCUCUCAUUAUGAGCAUCUCACAAGGUUAUUGGGUGAACCUAUUGCGGGUGCGCAAGGCUGGUAUUCUUUCUCGCCAUCGCCAUUCGGGACCGGUUCACGCAUCCACGCUUCGCGGGCGCUGGCACUAUCUAGAACAUAGCUGGUGGGCCGUUGCAGGCAGCUAUUCAUAUGAACCUCCGGGCGAUAUCCAUACCCUCGAGGUUCCCGAGGGCUGCGAUGAAAUGAUCACGCUCUUCCACGUUACCGGAUCGUACACAUACGUCGAGCCCGAUGGGACUGCGAUUGGUGUUGAAGAUGUUUUCAGUCAGAUUCAGAGUGCGAGUGAUCAUUAUGAGACGGUGGGGCUCGGCGCAGAUUACGUCAAGCAGUUCCUGCGCUGA